AUCUUACUAUCUUUUAUCAUUUAUCACAACUCGGGCUUUCAAGUAUUGCCUCGGCUGCUAUCAGUGCCAUGUUUUAGAAAACACUAAAAAGUAACUCCGUAACUAUCUUCCUUCCCGUACCUUUGUACCCCACAUAGAAAGACCUCUACCUCAACUCAGACAAACCCUGCAAAAUGUCGAGAGUGUACAAAUCAAUUAUAACUAUUGCGGACAGGUUUGUCCCAGGUUCCAUGCGUCCUAUGUGGGAACAUCCUGCUGGACCUAAAACAAUAUUCUUCUGGGCGCCUGCCUUCAAAUGGGGUUUGGUGAUAGCUGGGUUGGGUGACUUGAAUCGACCUGUCGAGUCCUUGUCUAUCCGCCAGUCCGCAUCACUAGCGGCCACCGGCAUUAUCUGGUCCCGAUACUCCCUAGUUAUUAUACCUAAAAACUACAGCCUCUUUGCUGUCAAUGUAUUUGUAGCUUGUACUAGUGUAUACCAAUUGUCGAGAGCUUAUAUGUAUCAUAGGGAUCAGGAAAAAUUAAAACAGGCCCCCGCGCAGUAAGUAGUAAAACCUCUUUUGGCCAAGUGAUUUUGCUGUGGUACAAAUGUAUGCAGCGCCAAAUGUCACUGGCCAACAAGUUUUGUCUUUGGUUAGGGCGAUAGUUACGGGAUGUUACAUGGUGCCACUCUAGUAGCCGGGCCUUAGUAGUUCAUUUUUUUCAAUUUAGAUGUGAGUUCGUUGUCUCACCCAGAUAGCUAGAUUCUACUUCAACAUUGACAAAUAUAUAUUUAAUUGUUAUUUUUAUGCUAGCAAAGGGUAUUAAUUUAUUAUUAGCUGAUUUUGUUUAUUAUUUAUUUAGUUAAUUUCAAUUGUAGACAUUAAAUAUUAUGUAUAAUUAGUAUAUUUUGGGAAGGAUAGGAAUAUAUUUUUUUAAUGUUAGUUUGUGAUAUAAGUACAAGGCCUUGUACAAUUUUGGAUCAAAAUUAUUCUGUUGAUGUUGUCAUAAGUAAUGUAUAAUGGAAACUAAAUGAAACAUUAAGUUCAAUGGAGUCAGAAAAUAGAAUCACACACGCAGAUUCUUCAGAAUUUAGAAGAUUCAGAGAAAAUUUUCAGUAUUUCCUGAAAACCUGCACUGGUUUAUUUAUACUUACUCUCCUAAAUCAUAGACCCUACCCUCUAUAUUUAUAAUACAUUAUCACAUGACACCUAUCUGUGUAUUGCUACCUAAUGCCAUUGUUCUAUUUUGUGACUGCAUUGUGACUACCAAUUCGUUAACUAUGACUUACAAAUGAGGUCUUAAGAAGGUCCAUUCAAAUGUUAAAGCGCCAUUUAAUGGCAAUAGACACUACAAACGCUGGCGGAUACAGGUUGGGGAGUUUUUGGAAAUGCAGCAUGGAUGCCUGUUGAUUGUUAUGCAUUCCAUGUAUGAUAUGCAUGCUAUAUGGCCUAAGGCUGUAUUUUAAAUAUUUCAGACUUAGUGUGAAAUAAGAACGGACUUGUUACGCUCGCGAAUGCCACUUUAGCUUAUUUGAAUGUUUUUUUUAUUAUUUAUACUUUUAUAGUUCGUCAACAUUUACGAUUUGUAAAUGAUUCUUGACAUUUAGAACUAUAAAGGUAUUUUUGCAAUUAAAGUCUUAAAUCGAUUCGGUACGUUCCCAAAUAAAUCUGUAUUCGUCACAUUUGUUUGCGAUAAAAACGCUGUAAUAUUUCAUUUCUGUUACAGCGUAAGUAAUUAUAUUUUUUAUCAAAUGACCUCAAGUCGGAAUGGUCCGUUGUUUAAUUAACGUGAUCUCGAAACGAUUAAUUCAGAAAGACAAGAAUCUGUGACAAUGUUGAUAGUAUCUGUUAUCAUAGCUUAUCUAAAUUGAGAAUAGGUGCAUAAAAAUUCUGAUUAGGUAAACAUUUUGUCUCAUAACUGUGAUAUUCUUAACGUAAAUGUGGUUGUAGACCAAACGAAUGUUUAGUACCUAUUGUUAUCUUUGUCAUAGCACACCGUUCAUGUAACAUGGCGUUAUUAAAAUUAAAUCAUAGUUUUGUAAAAGAACACUUUGUCUAUUUUUGUAAAACCUUUUUGGAUUUGUGGAAAUAUAUGUUUUUAUAUUUCGAA